UAUUUGGCAAAGAGGAGAGAACAGUGAACGCUGGCGGAGCUAAGCGCACACUUUGGAUUAUAGCCAGGAACAGGGCACACGACUUUUGCCAAACAGAAGUUGUGGAAGAUGGAGCUCCGUGGGGUUAACUUAUUUUUGUUUUUAUGUUUUAGUCAAGUUUUUUCAAGUCUUCAGUCAAAAGAACAAGUAUUGCUGGAUAUGAGAGCGUCGGGAGGAGAGCUGGGAUGGCUGACGUUGCCAUUUGAGAACGGAUGGGAAAUUGUCCAAACAGUAGUCAACGGUUCACUUCUUUACACCUACAGUGUUUGCAAUAUAGAAUCUACAGAACAGGACAAUUGGUUGCGCACUACUUUCAUCCAGAGGCGACCAGGGACAAGCCGAGUGUCCGUAGAGCUCAGAUUUGUCGUACGAGACUGCAAUACAUUUGGAGGCGCAUCUGUCUCCUGCAAAGAAACCUUCAAUCUUUUUAUUUCCGAAGCCGAUGCCGACGUAGGAACCAAUUUCCGCAAAGGACAGUUCCGAAAAGUCGCCACAAUCGCACCGGAUGAGAUCACGAGAGGACGCGUGCUCAAAGUCAACACUGAGACGAGAACUGUGGGCCCGCUCUCAAGAAAAGGCUUCUAUCUCGCCUUCCAAGAUAUGGGAGCUUGUGUGGCAUUGCUGUCUGUCAGAGUCUACUAUAAAACAUGCCCAUCCACAGUGCAGAGUUUGGCCAUGUUCCCAGAGACGGUCGCAGAUUCACUGAGUGAAGUGGAGGGAUCGUGUGUGGAGAACGCUGUCAGUACAACCACCCCGAAAAUCUACUGCACCGCUGAGGGCGAGUGGGUGGUACCCGUGGGCCAGUGCCAAUGUCUCCCGGGUUACGAGACGACCGGGGACUCGUGCCAAGCUUGCAAACCGGGCUAUUUCAAACCAGCUCUUGGGAAUGACUUGUGCCGAGUUUGCCCAGACAACACCAGACCCUCUGACACUGGAGCUACCAAAUGUGAAUGUGAAGAGGGAUAUUUCCGCUCCCCCUCAGACCCCCUCACUGCCGCCUGCUCGGCUCCUCCCAGUGCCCCCCAUGACCUCAUUUCCACCACACUGUCUGCAGAGGGCAAGCUACAGCUGUCCUGGGAGCCUCCUCUUGUAACCGGGGGUCGAUCUGACCUUACCUACAGCGUGGUGUGUGAACUCUGCGAUGCCAGCUCGUGCGUCCCGUGUAGCGACAAAAUACGCUUCGACCCCUCCCCCUCGGACCUCCAGGAUACCUCGGUUAUAGUUGGGGACUUGGAUUCUCACCUUAACUACACUUUCACCGUGGAGGCGCACAGCGGAGUGUCCCAGUACAGCUCAAAGAGGCCCAUAGCAACAAUCACCACGGCGCUGGACUAUCUGGCACCUCCCAAAGUGACUCUGAUCCACCUGGACGAGCGCAGUUCCACCAGUCUGUCCCUGUCCUGGGUCCUGUCCCGAAGACCACCGGCCCACAUCAACCACCGCUACGAGCUCAUGUACAGGCGAAAGAAUGAAGAAGGGGAGAGGGAUGUGACCACUUACACGGUCCUGAUUUUGGAGAAGAAUUCAGUGCAGAUAAACGACCUCUCUCCAGACACCACCUACAUGUUCAGAGUCCAGGCACUGAGUCCAGAGGGGAACCCAGGCAGCUACAGCAUGGAGCACGAAUUUCACACCUCACCAUUAGCUGAGUCUCAGAUCCAGAAUAACUCCACUAUUGUGAUGGGCGCGGUGGUGGGAGUAGCCGUCAUGCUGCUCGUUGUGGUGGCGGUCCUGCUUCUGCGUAAACGGAGGCUGAGCUCGCGUGGCAGAGGAGGACCAGAGGAUCCCUACUUUUCGACAGAUCAACUGAAGCCUUUGAAAACAUAUGUCGACCCGCAUAUGUACGAAGACCCCAACAUCGCCAUUCAGAAGUUCGUCACUGAAAUCGACCCAAGCUUUAUCUCCAAACAAAAAGUAAUCGGGGUGGGAGAAUUUGGAGAGGUGUUUCGUGGCGUGAUGAAGUCCCCAUUGCGAGGCGAAGUUGCUGUGGCGAUCAAAACUUUAAAACCGGGAUACUCAGAAAAGCAAAGACAGGACUUUCUGAGCGAAGCAAGCAUCAUGGGACAGUUCUCUCAUCCCAAUAUUAUCCGACUGGAAGGAGUGGUCACAAAAUUCAAACAUGCAAUGAUCGUGACAGAAUACAUGGAGAAUGGUGCUCUGGACACUUAUCUAAGGGACCGUGAUGGAGAGCUCCCUUCCUAUCAGCUUGUGGGAAUGCUCAGAGGAAUCGCAGCCGGAAUGAAGUACCUUUCCGACAUGAACUACGUGCACAGGGACCUGGCAGCGAGAAAUGUCCUGGUCAACAGUAACCUGGAGUGUAAAGUGUCCGACUUCGGCCUGUCCCGGGUGCUAGAGGACGACGCUGAGGGGACAUAUACAACCAGGGGAGGCAAAAUACCCAUUCGCUGGACAGCCCCUGAGGCCAUCGCAUACAGGAAGUUCACCUCCGCCAGCGACGUGUGGAGUUUUGGCAUUGUUAUGUGGGAAGUGAUGGCUUUUGGGGAACGCCCAUACUGGGACAUGAGCAACCACGAGGUCAUGAAGGCAAUCAAUGAGGCCUUCAGACUGCCUGCUCCCAUGGACUGCCCCUCUGCCAUUUAUCAGCUCAUGCUCCAGUGCUGGCAACACGACCGCUCCAACCGACCACGCUUCACUGACAUCGUCAACAUUUUAGACAAAUUGCUCCGAAGCCCAGAGUCCCUGAAAACCAUUGCAGACUUUGAUCCACGAGUGUCUAUCCGCCUGCCCAGUACCAGCGGCUGUGAUGGCACCAUGUUCAAGUCUGUGCCCGAAUGGUUGGACUCCAUCAAAAUGGGCCAGUAUUCGGACAGCUUCGCCCGCGCGGGGGUCACCAGCAUGGACCAAGUGCUCAGUCUGCGGCAUGAAGACAUCAGAAAUAUCGGAGUGCGACUGCCCGGCCACAUGAAGAGGAUAGCCUACAGCAUCCUGGGCCUGAAAGACGAGACCAGCUCCCUCAGCGUGUUUGCCGUGUGAUCUGAGCAUUCCUCCAAAUCAAAGUGCACUGACCGACCAUGCCAUUUCACUCAUCGAGGAAGAGGACGAGGAGAGGGGCACACGUGGGGGGCUGGAAGCAUGACGCCAGCCCAGGGUGACCACUGCAAAAUGCCCACUUUACAAAUGAUGCCACAACCUUGGUCAAGCAAAUAAGCACAUGACACGCAUUUAAUAUCACAGAAGAGAAACUGGAAAUUAGAAUUGGAAAUUAGGACGUUGUUUUGAUUGAUAUACUUGGUUUAGCGUUUGUCUAAGUGGGUAUUCCAUAAUGCUUUGAGAUAUGUUGUCACAGUCUAUUUUUAGCAACUUCGAAAAGUGCUAUUGACAAGCUAUUGAAUGUGUUUGUGUGUUGGAAGAUGGACAGAUGGACUUAAAUUUGACACUCACUGAUAAAAACUGCAAUAACACUACAUAUAUUUCAGUUUGUAUCAGUGGUAAUGCACAGUAAGAUACAAAUCGCAAUAGGCGCCAACUCAAGUAGUAUUUAUCAACAUAUGAGUACAUUUUGAUGGUCUUAAAAUAAGAUUUGCUGAUGGAAGAAGCAUAAAAUGUCUUGUUUUACAUUUUCUGUAUUUUUUAUUUUAUUUCCAGUGCAAAAGCCAGUACACCCAAAAAAUCUAAAAUAUUAUCAUGUUUGUAAAUCUCACUUUUUACACAAGUCAUGAGGCAUCAGUGGAAAAGUUGGGCAUUCCCUAAAUAAGUGGGACGGUGGACAGGCGGUCACCCUACACCCGCCUCAGCAUGAACUGAUGAACUGUUUUCCCUUUUGCACAAUAUUAAGACUGAAAAAAGGGACUCCUCCAAGCCACUCAGAAAUGACUGACUUUAAAUAAAAAAGAAACACUUAUGUACUUUAUGAUAACUGAAGAAAGUAAUUUAAAUAUGUAAAAGUAAUGUGUAUAUUGUAUAUUUUUGAGACUUCAUAGUGGUGCUUGGUAUAUACAGUAGAUAUUGACUGAAAUAUUAAACUCUGUGAGAUUAAGGGGCUACUUUUUCCAAGCACUCAUUGUCUUAUAUAGAUUUUUAAGUAGUAUUUUUGCUACGCCAGUUUUUACAACAUUUUUGAUCAUCUUUUUGAUAAAUAAUGGAAUAAUAUUUUUCCACUCAGGGCGAAGAAUCAAACAUUCUUACUGUUUGUAGUUUCAAUUUUCUUCAUGUUUUUUCCUUUUUGUUUACAUUGUGUCUUAUAACUGUUCAUUUUAUUUAAUAUUUAUUUUAUAUUUAUGUUGUAUGUUACAUGAAAACAACUUUUGACACAUUAA